AUGAAUACAUCAUACAAUACUGUAGAUACGGAAAUACCUUGGUUUAGUCCGGAAUCUCUUAAAUAUGACCCAUUGUCUAAUCAUUUCCUUUCAAAUACUUCAUUAUCAGAUAUUACAAAAGAAAUGAUGAUUGAACAAUGGAAUUAUCAAGCUUCGUUUAAUCUAUAUUACAAAACAUGUGCACCAAAUUAUUGUACUUAUUCUUAUACAGCUCGAACAUAUAAUUAUAUUGGGGUAAUUACUAAAAUAAUUUCAACUAUUGGUGGUCUUAUUGUUGCCUUACGAUUUAUUACACCUCAUAUGGUCAAUUUUAUUUAUCAAUUUUUCCAAACAAAAAUCAAAACUUCACAACAGAGUAAAUUCUUUACACGAAUGAAAGUAUUAUUGAAAAAUUUAUUGAAAUUACUUUAUACUGAACUUAUCAAUCUGACAAUAUUUCCAUCAUAUAGUUUUGGACAUAUUAAUAAUCGAACAAAAGCAAAAUGUUUGAAUCGAUUGGCUAGUCGUGUCUACGUUAUAUUACUUAUUAUUGGAGUUGUCAUUCUUAGCCUUGAAACUCUUGUACAACCUGAAAUUUUAACAAAGACUUAUACUAAACCAUCCCUUGAAACUUAUGAAUAUCUUCUACAAAAUCAUGGUGAUACAGUUCAUUGUCCUUGUUCAAUAACAUCAUCAACAUAUAGUAAAUACAUCAAAAUUGAACCUAUCUUUCAUCAAGUAUGUUCAAGUCAAUUCAUCUCAAAUGAAUGGCGAAUAACUAUUACGACUGGUCUUCUUUCUAAUCUAUCCAAUUAUGAUCGAAGAGAUUAUCGUCGUUUUCUAUCAGCUCAUUUACAAUAUCUUGCUGGAUUAUGUGAUCUUUCUAAUCAAUCAGUUAAUGCUUUCAUUCAACAAUUUCUUUCUUCAUUAUUUGUUACUACUGAACUUCUACCGAAAUCAAUUUUAAAUACACAAAUGGAAGCACUUAUUGAAGAAAAUAAAUCAAAUGCUCCUGUAAUACUUCUUCGCUUUCUCUCUUUACAUAGAGAUAUUAAUCAUGGUAAUGCUAUCAUAUCAACUUAUGGAACAAAUUACGAAUAUCUCUUACCUGAAAGAUCUGACAAUAUAAUUUCUGAUUAUGUGAUGCAAACUCAAGGAAUUGUUUAUGAUAAUAAUUGUUCAUGUGCAUUAAAUG